GCUCCGCCGAUGCAUAUUUGAGGACACCUGUAGCAAGAGGCUUCAAGUGUUUCAAGAUGCAGAACCUGGGGUUCAUGGCAGCAGCACUUGCCGUGGUGGGAGUCUGUCUGUUGACAGUUGGGAUCUCCAGAGGAGCCAUAAGGCAGAGUAACAGCAUCGUUGAGCUCCAGAGAGGCUUUCGUCGUCAAUCGCGCUUGCAAGCUUUGGACUUCGACACGGUAACAGUGGGCCCUUACGGUAACUACGACGCACAAACCUGGUACUUCCAUCCGAACGGAAUGUCACGCGAUCAGGAUGCUGUCAUCUAUCAGGGGAUCACCAAUCAAAAUCAGGAGGAGGGGCGUCUGGUCCCAUGGGACUGGAAUGAUGUGAUUUACCAGCAGACCGGUGACGCUCCCCCUGUCGAGGGACGCUUGGUUCCUUGGGACUGGGAUGACGUUAUGUAUCAAGACGUCGUGUCUGAGAGCUCGCAACAGAACGCGAAUACUAUCCCUCAGGACAACGAAGUCAUGAGCAAGUGAAGUUCUUUCACUUAAGCAUUCAUAGUUACAGGAUGAUUUGGCUAUAAGCAGAGAGGAAGCUGAAUUGAUAAAUCAUUAUCUUUCGC